AUGAUUUCUUUGGCAACUAUUGAUCAAUAUUUGGCUACUUGUUCUCAUCCUAGUUUACAACAUUGGAGUAACAUCAAACUUGCCCAUCGUCUAUCUGUAGCAGUGAUCAUUUUUUGGGUUCUUCUUGGAAUUCCUUAUAUGAUUUAUUUUAAUAUAAUUGAACAAUCUACAUCACAUAAACUAAUUUGUACAAGUACCAAUGCUGCUUUUUUUCGAUAUCAUGUUUAUGUUUAUAUAAUAUCUCUUGCCGGUGCUAUACCAGUAACUAUUACCGUCCUCUUCGGAUCUUUAGCAUAUCGUAAUGUUCAACAAUUGGCUUAUCGAACUGUACCAUUGGUUCGUCGUGAAUUGGACAAACAAUUGACAACUAUGGUUCUUGUUCAAGUUGUUCACAAUUUCUUUAUAACAAUACCGUAUACGAUUGUUACUGCUAUUAUUAACAGUCCCAUUCUCCCGAAUGAUCCAAUUAUUGUCGCAGAACUUCAAUUUGCCAAUAUUAUAACUAUCUAUUUGUAUUAUCUAAAUUAUGUAAGUCCAUUCUAUAUUUAUCUCGGUGCAUCCGAACGAUUUCGUCAUCAAUUAAUUUAUGUUCUUUUCGAAAUUCAUCUUAAACGAUGGCGACGACGAAAAGUUAAUGUUGAUCAAGUGAGCCCAUAA